CGCUACGCCGCGCUCAGCUACGUUUGGGGUGUAUGCAAGCAGUACAUGACACUGACCGGUAACCUUGAUGCACAUUUACAGCGUAUCAUGGUCAGGAGUCUGUCAAGAACAGUGCGUAACGCUCUCGAAUGUGCCGAGAAGCUUAGGCUACGCUACUUAUGGGUUGACGCACUCUACAUCAUCCAGAACUCGGCGGGUGACAAGAGCGUGGAGCUC